AUGGUUGAAUUUGUUGGGAAUGAUAAUGAGGAUGUAAUUGAGGAUAUAAUUGAGGAAGUAAACAUUACUGAUGAUGAAGAAGAAACUGGAGCAGAUGAUGAUGUAGUGACUCCUCCAUUUGUUGGGAUGGUAUUCCACAGUUGGGAAGAAGUGGAUAAGUACUACAAAAGGUAUGGUAGACAACAAGGAUUUGGCAUACUCCGUGCUUGUAUAGGCGUCGGGUUGAGGGGAAAAAGGGUUUACUCAACUAGGGAUGAGCUUGGCACUAAAAGGUCAAAGAAAUGUGAUUGUCCGGUUCUAAUGUAUUGCAACAGGACUAAGGAUGGGGAAUGGGUGGUUAAAAGGGCAGUUAAUGAGCAUAAGAACCAUUGUCCAACACCGAGGAAGUUUAGGUAUGUUCCUAGGUAUCGACAGGAAGACAUCAACUCUCUUAUAAAGAGGAAGUUGUUCAAUGACUACAACUCGGGUGCUAAUGUUCCUCAGAUAUUUAACUGUCUAGCUAGCGAGAGGAACGGAGUUGAGAAUGUGACAUUCACCAAAAAAGAUCUUCAAAAUAUUAUUGCUAGGGAUAAGGCAGAAAAGCUGAAGGAGGGAGAUUGGAAUGCAAUGUGGAAGUACUUUAAAGCGAUGUAUACUGACAACGAAAAUUUCUUUCACAAGCAUAGGGUGGGUGAGGAUAACAGAUUACAGGAUGUGAUGUGGGUAGAUGCUAGGAAUAGAGCCGCUUACGAAGAGUUUGGAGAUGUUGUAUUGUUUGACUCCACCUACUUAACAAAUGAGUAUGACUUGCCAUUUUCUAACUUUGUUGGGGUUAAUCACCAUGGUCAAACCAUUCUGCUUGGGUGUGCAUUGUUAUCCCAUGAAGAUUCAGAGACUUUUGAAUGGUUAUUUACCGAGUUGUUGUCAUGUAUGUCUAACAAAAAAACCCAUUGGUUUUCUUACUGA